AACGGACAGAGGCAUCUUUCUGGGAACCAGGAUUUAUGUCUCCGGGAAUGUUUGUGAAUUCAUCCAGAUUCACCGCCCACACGCGCGUGGAAGAGACCGACCGGAUCAAAUCAGUUCCUCCACACAGCAAAAGUUGCUGAAACUUCCCAAAACACUUUCAAACCCCGUUCUACCGGGCAUCAGGCGUCACGGAGCCAGAUUUGCUGCUUAUUGGAGUCUGUGGUUAAGCUGGUGACUCCUCAGACAGAGACUGUUGCGUCCAGUUGUUUAUUAUGAUAUGGUGAGAGUUUCUAACAUGCAUGUGGAGCAAAGUUUGGUGUUUUUGGUCCUAAUGUGCGUUUUUAAAGAGACGACCUCAUGUUUAAUAAUCAGCGAGGUGAACUGUGACAAUCCCAGACUGGACACUCAGGAAUUUGUGGAGCUGUACCAUGAUGGCAUGAAUCCCACUUCUCUGGAUGGAUACACACUUGUGUUCUACAACGGCAAAGGAGACCUCGCCUACAGGGUCAUCAAUCUGAGCGGACACCAGACAGAUCAACGAGGCUUCUUCUUAGUUGGCUCUUCUGAACUGACUCCCAGUCCCGCCAUCCCUCUUCCACCCAACUCCGUUCAGAACGGGCCCGACGCCAUCGCGCUCUACGGUCCCAACUGGGUCCCGGUUCCUGAAGGGGGACAAGUUUCAGGAGUGGGGUUGUUGGACGCAGUAGUAUACACUUCUCGUAAAUCCGCAGAAGGCGCCGAUGGCCUCGCGUCAGUUCUGACUCCCGGCUCGGUUCCGUACAUAGAGGAUGAGGCGGCUCUGGAGGGGGACGAGUCCAUUCAGCGCUGCUGGCAGUCGGACAACCUCUGGACGUUUUACACUGGCCCACCCACCCCUGCGUGGGUCAAUCAUUGCCCACCGCCGACCCCCGCAAAUGUUUGGAUUAACGAAGUCGACCUCGGCGGGCCGGACGGCCGAGGCCUUGUGGAACUUGAUGUUGGCAAGACAACCGGAUCGUUUUCUUUGGUGCUUUAUGAUGUUACCACAGAUCUGAUUAGCUCCAGUGUGGAGUUCAUCGCAAAACAGCCUGGAAUUUUUACUGUAUCUGUGAAUACUUCGACUUUGGCAGUGCCACAAAGUGCAGCAUUGGCGUUAUAUAAAGGCCCAGUGUCAGACUUCCCUAAGGACGGCCCCCUCAGCCACGAACAGCCAAUCGAUGCCUUUGUUUAUGGUGACUCUGCGCACACGCCCAGUGAGAACCUCACAGAGACACUCAUACCCGGGAGAAAACCCUUCACACUCACAGAAAGUUUUCAGACAGCAGGUGUUCGUGCCAGUCGAUGUGGUGUUACAGAAUGGACAAGAGAUCCGGGACUGUUUGUAACAAGGCCCCGGAGUCCCGGAAAACCCAAUGACUGCGUUUGGUUUCAGACCUGCCCACUUAACAUCACCUCUUCUACGGCGGCAGGACCCAGCUAUCCCGCGAUUCAUAGCAAUAUGGAUUUCCUGCUUAAUGAAAUCAAUACUGACUGUAUAGGAGGAGCCGAGGAUGAGGAGUUUAUAGAGUUGUGGCAUCCCUCUGGCUUCCGUAUGUCGCUGGAUUUCGUCUGGCUGGUGAUGAUCAAUGGACAGACUGGAAUGGUGUACUAUGAGCUGGAGCUGAAUGGAUAUUUCACAGAUGAUGACGGAUACUUCCUGAUUGGCAGUUCUAAGGUCGGCCCUGACAUUAGAAUCCCACCGAACACUAUUCAGAAUGGACCAGACGCCAUAGUGUUAUAUCGCAGCAAGUCUCCGCCCUCUCAGGAGGGUCAGAAUAUUCCCAGAAGCGGUUUGCUGGAUGCAGUAGUUUACCGCACUCGUGGAUCUGAUAAAAAGGUUUCGGAGCUAACGGAAGCGCUGACACCAAGACAGCUCCCUCUGCUGGAGGACAUCAACGCGCUACCCGGCGAUGAGACCCUAAAUCGAUGUGGAACCAAGAGACUCGACCUCAAUGCUUUCAGGGUUGCUUCUCCCACACCAAGGAAGCAGAAUAACUGUCCCCCAAAACCCACUAUACCUCCACCUCCUAAGGGUUUAGUCAUCAAUGAAUUUAGCGUAGUAAACAGCACAGGAUACCAAUCAAUGGACUUUUUAUUUGUGGAGCUGAUUGGUCCACCGUCGACUCCAUUGAAUGGACUUUUAUUGGUAUUUUUUCCGGAAGACGGCAAAGAAUUAAGUGUCCCGCUGACUGGUAGCACAAGAAGAGAUGGGUUUUAUGUCGCCGGGAAUGUCACUAGUGCAGAUCAGGGUUUGCCAGCGGUGGAUCAAUUAGGUGCAGUGCUGUUGUGUUUUGAGCCAUCAGGAUCAGGUGUUUAUGGGAACAACUCGCACUGUUUGGACUGGCUAGUUUUUUCUGAUGACCCAAAGCUACAAACAAUUGUCCACCACAACACAACACGCCUAAUGCUACUGUUCAGUUCUUUCUCUCGAUGUGCAUCAGACGGGCCCUAUCUCUGGAUCACAUCCUUGCCGUCUCCAGGCCUCCAGAACCUCUGCCCGAGUCCCGCCUUCUCCAGCUCCGUGGAUCUAUGCCUGCAGAGAAAAUCAGGAAAUUGUGACCAUGAGGAAUUUGCUGAUUUGUUAGAGGAUUUGUGUGACUGUGAGUUUAUUGAAAGCUUGCAUGUUAAAGGUGUGAAUGUGUCCUGCAAGGAGGAUAAAUUGUACGCACAGGGGCCUGUUCUGGCUGUGUCUGACCAACAGAGGGCGCAAAUCACUGAGUCACUGAAGAACAACAAGUUCUCAUGUCCAGCUGCACCGGAGCGACUGGUUCAUGGAGAGGGGUCAUCGGUCGCGCUGCAGGUCGGGCUUGUGAUCACAGCGCUUCUGCUGUUCGCACUGGGUGCUGCGCUGUUUGUCUACUUGUACAAAAAAAGGCGUCCCGCUGACUACCUCUCCAUGCAGAUGAGCGAACAGGCCGAGGCGUCACUCGAACUUUAGUGUGUUUGCGUGAGUGUGGAUGAAGUUUUGUUUGCUGCUUGUUGUUUUUUUUAUAAAGAUGAAUGUCUUUUUACUAUAGAUGAAUGCAGGCUCACAGUUUUAUCAAAAUCUCACAUGCUUUGAUUAUGCAAUGUUGAUAUUCUCAAGAUUUUAUUAAAGUGUUCAGGAUGUUUAAUUUCUUCAGUGUUU